AUGAUAAAAAUACUAUUUUAUUUUAUUUUUCAAGUUUUUAUAAUUUCUGCCAUAAAUGUGAAUUCAAUUAAGCAUAAAGAUUUUUCAACAAUCAGCCAUGUGGGCUUGCCGUUAGCUCUUCAGGCGAGCAACCAAAGAAAAUUUUCUUAUAUAGACCUGAGGAGAGACAGAAGAGAAGAUAGCAGAGGAAAUCUUUUAAGUAGCAAUGGAAAUUCUAAAAAUGUGAGUUUUUUAGGAUUUAUGGGUUUAACAGGACUUUCAGUUCCUCUGAUUUUUGCAAGUAUAGUGGUAUAUAAUAAGUUAGUAAACAAUACAAAAAAUUUAAGUGAUGCUGAAAAAAUACUAGGAAGAUAUUUAUAUAAACAUGAUGAAACUAUAGUACCAAAAAUUAUAUAUGAUAACGAUAAAUCAUUUAAUAUAUUUUAUAUAAUAACUAGUAUAUAUUAUAAUUUAUUAGCAUAUGUAAAUUUUUAUAUAAAUGCAAAAAAAGUUAGCACAAAAGAAAAUGUAAAUGAUUAUACGAUAUUAUUUUUCCACUCAUAUAAUGUUGAUAAAUUUUUACAAUCCCGAAAUAUUAAAACAUAUGUAGACAGAUUAAAAGAAACAUAUCAAGAAAUAAAUAAAAAUAAUAAUGUCAACAUUGUUUAUGUACCAUUAGAUAAUAAAAUAUUAUUUAACAUAAAACAUUUUGGCUUAAUGAAUAAUUGGUAUAGUGUAGCAUUUAAUGAUAAACAACAAGUUUUAAAAUUAAUAAAAAAUUAUAACAUUAUGAAUAUACCUACUAUGGUUUUAUUAGAUAAAAAUAUGAAUGUUAUAAAUGAUAAUAUAAAUUAUUUAUUAUUAUAUAAUAGCAAAGAUUUUCCAUUUGAAAAUACAAAUAGUUUGACAUAUAUAAAUAAUAUAUAUGAUAAGAAUAAUAAUCAAUAUAAUUUUAAAAAAUUAAAUUCAGAUUAUGUUAUUUUCUAUUUUAAUAAUAAUAAAGAAAAUAAAGAAGAUAUUGAAACGCUAGUUAAAAUUAAAAAUAAGUUAUCAAAAAAUAAUGUAAAAUUAGAUAUAAUUUUUGUAAAAGAUAUUGAAGGGAAACCAGAGAAGGCAAGUCCUAGUCAAGUCAAUCUUAACGAUGCAAAAAAUAAUGAAGCCAAUAAUGAAAUUAAAGAAGAUGAAAAAAAUAAUGAACAAGCUGAUAAGGAAGAACAAAAAAAAACUGAAAUUUCGGAUGGAAAUGAAAAAAAAAGUUAUAUGAAUGAAGUAUACCAUUUAGGGAAAGAAGAAAAUAAUUCGAUUUAUAAACUCUUACUUUAUGAUACAUUUGAUGUUACAUUUAAACCUAUAGGUGUUUUAGUUAAUAAGAAGGGAAAAAUAUUAAAUAAAUAUAUUAAUGUUAGUAAAAAAAAUGAUGAUAUAUCCAAUUUUAUAUUGAACAAUCAUAAAAGUUUAAAAGAGAAAGUUAAUGAAAAUAAUUAUAUGUAUAAAUAUGACAAUAUUAGUAAUUUAAAUAAUUUAAAUGUAUUUGCUCCUAUUUUCAUUUUAUUUGUGGAUAAAUUAGAUUUUAAUUUAUUAGACAAAUACAAUGAAUUAAUAGAAAUAUAUAAUAAAAAUAGAAAAGGAAAAAAAAUUAAUUUUUAUUUAGUACUUAAUGAUGAUAAAAAAUAUGAAGCUUUGAAAAAUCUAUGCUCAGUUAAUAAUACAACACAAGUUGCUAUUUUAGAUUUAUUUAAUCAAAAAUUAUUUAAAGAAAAUGUUAAUAAUAUUAAUAUUAUACAAAAUACUGAUGGAAAAUUUGAUAUAGACAAGGAUAAUUUUUUUAAAUUCCUUAACAGUUUUUAUAGCGAUGAUUUAUAUUCCUCACCCAUUGUUUUAAAAAAACCAUCUUCAUAA